CCCUGGUGUAGUCUACUUCGUGGCACAGCGUUUUCUCCCUUUUCCGCAACGUGUCCUUCUCUCCAAACCACGGCAGAAUCAGAACCCGAGAAGUAAAUAACAGUAUAACACUCCAUCUCUCUCCCCUUCUCUUCCAGACGGAACGAGUCAUUUAAAUUCACUAACUCAGUCGUCAGUCACUCGCUGACUCGCCCUAUGAAGAAUGUCUUAACGAGCAACAGUUUCAAUAAACGGCGGAUGGUUUCUCUUCUUACACGCCGGCAUUAUUCACUCGGGACUCUCUCCUCAGCUUUACAACAUGAUAAAGCAUCUAACACAGUUUUGUCGAAUACUACUUACAUGAUUGGUUUGAGACGUAUUCAUUUUGGAGGACGAAGAAGUUCUGGUUUGUUCUCAGUGUACUCACUGCAACAUCACUUUUACUCAACUGGUUUUACUAGCGUACAUGGCGAAAGGCCAUCUGCAGAAUAUGCAAAGUUACGAAAGGAGUCUUUGGAGAGUGAAUUUGGUCACGCGCUUGGAAAUUAUAGCUCCAGAAACCUUUCAGCUUAUUACCGUUUUGGGCCAUUCCUGGCUUUGUAUAGAGCAGCCGUUAUCUCAUUUCAGUUGACAAAAUUAACUGUAUGGCACUUUUUUCUUCAAGACAUUCGUAGCCGAGCUAUUAAGUUCAGGGAGACUCUAAUCCGUUUGGGGCCUUUCUAUGUGAAGCUUGGGCAGGCUUUGAGCACGCGGCCAGAUAUACUACCUUCUGUUUACUGUCAAGAACUAGCCAAGCUACAGGAUCAAAUACCUCCCUUUCCAACACAUCUGGCAUACAAGUCUAUCGAAGCUCAAUUGGGAGCUCCACUAUCAAAGAUAUUUGCGGACAUAGGUUCUGAACCCCUCGCAGCAGCAUCCCUAGGGCAGGUCUAUAAAGCCCAUCUGCACUCUGGGGAACUUGUGGCUGUUAAAGUCCAGAGACCUGGCAUGUCACUCUCGUUGACACUUGAUGCCCUAUUAUUUCAUAUGAUUGGAGGCCAGCUGAAGAGAUUUGCAAAUGCCCGGAAAGAUCUUUUGGUAGCAGUCAAUGAGAUGGUCCGGCACAUGUUUGAAGAGAUUGAUUACAUCCUUGAGGGACAAAAUGCUGAACGCUUUGCUUCUUUGUAUGGCUCAUACCCAGGCCACAACCAGAAUAGUCAAGAAAGAACAUCAGCUGCUGAUGUUGCAGGGAAAAAGAAUAUAACCUAUAUUAAGGUUCCAAAAAUAUAUUGGAACCUCACGAGAAAGGCUGUACUAACGAUGGAAUGGAUUGAUGGGAUCAAGCUUACAGAUGCAGACCGCUUGAGCAAAGCCUCGUUGAACAGGAAGGAACUUAUUGACCAGGGGCUUCAUUGCUCAUUGAGGCAGUUGCUUGAGGUGGGGUUUUUCCAUGCUGAUCCCCAUCCCGGAAAUCUAGUUGCUACGAAAGACGGUAACCUUGCAUACUUUGAUUUUGGUAUGAUGGGAGAUAUUCCUCGCCAUUAUCAAAUUGGCCUUAUACAAGUGCUUGUACACUAUGUUAACCGUGAUUCUCUGGGCUUAGCAAACGACUUCCUUUCUCUGGGAUUUAUACCUGAAGGGGUUGAUAUACAGGCAGUUGCAGAUGCGUUAAAAGCAUCUUUUGGCGACGGAACCCGGCAAUCUCAAGAUUUCCAGGGUAUAAUGAACCAACUAUAUGAAGUUAUGUACGAAUUCAACUUUUGUCUUCCUCCAGACUAUGCACUGGUAAUAAGAGCUUUAGGAUCACUUGAAGGGACUGCGAAAGCACUGGAUCCUGAAUUCAAAGUUGUGGAGAGUGCAUAUCCUUUCGUUAUUGGAAGACUUCUUGCAGAUCCUCAUCCUGAUAUGAGGAAAAUAUUGAUGCAGCUACUUAUUCGUAAUGAUGGCUCCGUUAGGUGGAAUCGGCUUGAACGCCUGGUUGUUGCAAUCUCUGAGCAAGCUACUGGAUCAGCCGAGGAACCUCUUGAUAACCCUGCUUCUGGAUGGAAAUUCUUUGACAUGCGUUCUGUUGUUGCUGCGACCGAAGAUCUUUUUCAUUUCAUUCUGUCAGAGAAGGGUUGGAGGGUGAGGGUUUUUCUAGUUCAGGACAUUAUUAAAGCAGCUGAUCUCUUUCUUCAAGAUGAAGUUCUUCCACGUGUCUUGAACGAGAAAUUUCAAAAGAAAGAUCCACUAAAUGAGCAGGGACCCACUGCAAGUGAUAGGCUGAAUAACGGGUUCCAAUCACUUUAUCGAGCAGUAAAGGCUGCCCCAGAAGUGUGGGCAGCCAUGAUUAUACGCCUGGCGGCAAAACCUGAGAUUCAUCGGUUCAAUAUAGAGAUUAUCGGUGCUUUGGUGAAGCAUUCUAAUAAAGAGCUCCCGGAAGCUCUUUUUCUUUGUAUUUCCAAGUAUCUACAUAAGUUGGAGCAAGAGAAGUACAGGUCCGAUGAUUUUGAACAUCGGUAAACAUCAGGUGGUUAAAUUUUGUCCAAUGUUUAUAUAGUGUCGGGGCUGAUUGGAUAUUUAGCCUCCUGGGAAACGCACAUAAAACUUCGAAGCAGAAGAGUUGGGGAUAUGGGGUCAUGCAGGGGUUUAUAGGGGCUCCUGGGGCUUCUGAGGUAUACCCCGAGGUUGGGGUUUUCUUUUAUACUGUGUAACUUCCAUGGGUGGCCGUCAUACCUGAUCGUCUCAGCAGCACAUUAUCUACGAUAUGGGAGAAGUUCUAUUGCGAAGAAGAGUACAUAUACUGGUCAGAUUCGUCGAUUUUUAGCAUUUCUGAAUUUAUUUUUAUGUAAAUGAGGUUCCUAAGAAAUUUGUAUUGGACCUCGUGCAUUAUACGCAGUAACAAUCAGAUAGGGAAAGUUUUCCUCCUUUUUGUUACUUUACUCUUAGUUGGUUCCCAAAGUGGUGCUUAAACAGGAAUACUCAAUCUUAUGGGUUAAACCUUGCAGUAAUGUAUAUCUGUAGAAGUAUGAUAUAUUAGUCAAAAUAACUGUGCAGAUAGGGAGGCGUGUAUGUAAUGGUGAAGCUUCUUGGGAAGCUUUAUAUGAUUUUGUCUUGUUCAGCAGAUUAAAGUUGGAACCCUGAUGUCUUUCUGUUCACAAUUGAAAAGCUGAUUCAAAUGUACCAAAGAUCAUCCCACUGGGGCAUGCUUUACUUGUUCUGAAGGAUAAACUCA